AUGGUAAAUGACUUAAGUGUACUGAAGACCAAAACAGAUUCACCAAUAAUUAAUUUUUAUAAAGAAAAGUGUAUUUUUUUGUCCGGUGGAACAGGAUUUUUGGGAACGGUGAUAAUUAACAAACUUCUACUCACAUGUAAAGAUUUAAAAAAUAUUUAUUUAUUGAUCAAGCCUAAACAUAAUCAAAGUAUCAAGGACAGAUUUGACAACCUGAUGAAUUCAAAAGUCUUCGACAAGGUGAGGGAGUGUAACCCGAAUACAUUGAAGAAGGUCAUACCAAUAUCUGGCAAUUUGCUCGAUGACAACCUUGGUCUUAGUCAAGUGGAUAUUCAGACACUAUAUAAUGAGGUCUCAAUAGUAUUUCACAGCGCUGCGAAUGUAAAUUUUAACGUACCUUUUAUCGAGGCAUUUGAUAACAACACUCGAGCUACUGAGAAAAUGAUAACCUUCUGCAAAGGCAUAAAACAGCUGCAGGCAUUUGUCUAUGUUUCGACUGCGUACAGCAAUUGCAACAAAAGGUUUAUAGACGAAAAAGUAUACAAAACAACGAAUUCUUUGGAUUCAAUUAAAUAUUUUAUUACUCAAAAUGGAAGUAACGAGUUCACAGGAAACCUGUUGGAUGGUAGACCCAACACGUAUACAUACACUAAGGCAUUAACGGAAAAUUUGAUUGCUAACGAAAUCGGUGCAAUUCCUGCUGUCAUAGUACGACCUUCAAUAAUAUUAGGAGCAGAAUCUGAGCCUAUUCCCGGAUGGAUCAAUGGCUGGAAGGGCUUGAACAACAUUUUAGGCAGACAAUCCAUAGGCCAGCUUCAUUGCUGGAAGGCCGAUCGUAACGCAGUAGUCGACGUAAUUCCCGUCGACUACGUCGCUAAUCUUACAAUAGCUGUUGCAUGGGACGUUCAUAGGAGACGCAACGUCCAUGAAAAAGAGGUGAAAGUGUUCAACUGCUGUUCAGGUACGAGAAACCCUAUUCAAGUCGGGGACUUGCUUGAGAUGAAUAUGAAGUAUAGCAAAAAACAUGUCAAACAGGACGUCUUGAUCAGGCCAUUUUUCCUAAUCGUAAAGAACUACAUUGUAUUUUGGAUUAUAUUUUUUUUAGUACAUACGAUUCCCAUGUACUUGAAUCAUAUUGUCGAUUGUGUGACAAAAACCAAACGUGGCACAAGCAUGAUUGAAAUGCACCGCAAGCUAUACAACCUUGUAUUUGCGCUUGGAUUCUUCGCCCUUAACCAGUUUAUAUUCAUAGAUCGCAACGUCAAAGACUUGUACAGCACAAUGAAUAAAAGCGACCAAAAGAUGUUCAACUUUGACGUGGAAAACAUAAAAUGGGACUGUUACUUUGAAAAUGCUGUGUUGGGGCUUAAAAAAAAUCUUCUAGACCGAACUCCAGUUCAAAAAAUAUCUUCCUGA